AUGUCAGUUCAAGACGCAUACAACAAAGUAUUUUCCAACUUUCAAAAAAUGAGAGAUUACCUUGCACCUGUUUUAAAGAAUUCAAAGUUUAAAGAAACUGGGUGCAUUACGCCUGAGGAGUUUGUAGCAGCAGGCGACUUCCUUGUUUACAAGUGCCCAACUUGGUCAUGGGAAGGAGGACUAGAGGAAAAGACAAAGGAUUAUCUGCCUGCUGAUAAACAGUUUUUGGUGACUCGCAAUGUUCCAUGUCUUCAUCGUGCUCGUCAGAUGGAAUACACAGAGGACGACUCAGAGACACAAGUAGCAGAUGAUCAUGAUGAAGAGGAUUGGAUGUAUACUCACAGCAACAGAGCUACAAAAACUAUGGAAGAAAUUGCUCAGACGAUCAUGACAGAGGAGGAGGAGGAAGCAGAGAUCAAAAGAGGUUUAGAAAAGCUAGAGUUGGAUAAGAUACCUGACCUAGAUGACAUACCUAAUAUGGAUGAUAUACCUGAUAUGGAUGACCAAAUCGAAGAAGAGGAUGAUCCUGCAGUUGACCACUCAAAAAGCAAAAAUGAUAAGGUACUGCAGGUGCGUACAUAUGAUGUCUUUAUAACCUACGACAAGUAUUAUCAAACACCUCGUAUGUGGCUAUUUGGAUAUGAUGAAGAGAGACGUCCUCUUUCUUCUACGCAAGUGUUUGAAGACGUAUCUCAAGAUUAUGUAAAGAAAACCGUAACAAUCGAGACUCACCCCCAUCUUUCUCUCAACUUGGCCUCCAUUCAUCCUUGUAAGCAUGCUGAAGUCAUGAAGAAGAUUAUUGAAAGAAUGAGUAGCAAGAAUGAGGAAAAUGGUAUUCGUGUGGACCAAUACAUGAUUAUCUUUCUCAAAUUUCUUAGUUCGGUUGUUCCCACUAUUGAUUAUGAUCAUACAAUCAGCACUUAA